AUGCUUUUUGCAGUUAUUUGCGGAUUUGGUGAAGUAGAAGAUAUUUCUGCUCUUUGGACACAGCAUAGAGAUCUCCUUUGUGAAGAUUUUGCGCUCCAGCACUCGGAGGAAACAGCAUAUCAGUAUGCUCUUGCUGAAAUAAAUGAUCUAUUGUUAGUUUAUGGGUUAAAUCUGAGGAAAGUAAGACUUCCAGAGGUUAACUUGCCUCAUAUUAGCCUACUUUUACCAGCCUAUGAUGUGGUAGAAGAGCAGACAAAAGGUCAACUUAACUAUGGAAAGCUAAAUAUUCAACAACGUGCUGCUGUUGAUAAAGUUAUGAGUGCCAUUUAUAAGAAUGAAGUUGAAAAACUUUUUUUUCUAGAUGGGCCUGCCGGCACUGGAAAAACUUUUAUUUAUUCAACUUUGUUGCACUUAAUCCGUGGAAAAGGUCAUACAGUGACUCCUGUAGCAUCUACUGGAAUUGCGGCUACUCUUUUGAAAGGCGGAAGAACUGCUCAUUCCAUAUUUAAAAUACCAAUUAUUUUAAACGCUACUUCUACAUGCAAUUUAAAACCUACAUCUCCAGAAGCUAUUCCAUUAUUUAAUUCUAAAUUAAUUACAUGGGAUGAAGCUCCGAUGACGCAUGUGCAUGCAUUUCUAGCUGUAGAUAGACUUUUGCAGGACAUAAUGAGCUGCUCACAUCCUUUUGGUGGGAAAGUUGUGUUGAUGGGAGGAGACUUUCGACAAGUUUUGCCUGUCAUUCCUAAAG